AUGUCCAGAACUGUAAAUAGCAUAAUAAGACUCUAUUCGCGAGUAUCUAGAACCACAAGACCAUCCUUCGACCAUGUAUUUCCCAAGGCAAAGACAAUUAAGAGCAUAUUAUUUGAAUUAGAUAGCAAACACACGUAUUCGAAACUGUUACCUGUUUAUAAAUGGAAUUAUGAGCAUAUGGAUGAUGAAUCUCCUCGAGAGCUCGAUGCUAAAAGUUCUAAAGGGAUUUCUUCAAAUGAUUACAUGCUAAUGAAGAAAGUUCUUGAAAGGAUAAGAAAAGACACAAAAUCUGCUAAUAAAAACCUAUUAGCAUUAGAAAAUGCGUUAUUAGAUAAAGCAGUUGACAUGGGAAAUGAAGAUGCAAUCGCUAUUAUUUCCUUUGAUACUUUAAAGAACCCAGAAAAUAAUGAUGUUGUAGAUGUUGAAUAUGCAAACAAGCUUGUAAAAAAUCUGUAUGAAAAUUCACAUCCACUCACGAUAAAACUAACUGGUGAUCUUCUAAUGAAAGCAGGUGAUGAUAAACUAGCAGAGAAGAAUUAUAUGAAGUUUAUUAAAAUGCAAGACAAUACUGCGUUGGCUGGUGAAGUAUAUGGCUAUCUAGGACGAAUUCACUUACGCAAACCAGACAUACAUAAAGCAGAAGAGUAUUUCAGGAAGUCCAUAAAAUACUCAAGGUUAGAGAAUGCUGUAUUCUCAUAUUAUUAUCUUUCACAAAUUUAUAUUGAUACUAAUCCCUUAAGAGCACGUAGUUAUCUGGAGGUUAGUGCUACCCAAGGCUUCAAAGAAGCAUUUAAAUCUCUCGGAUACUUAGAGAUGAAAUAUUUUGAUGAUAUUGAUAAAGCAUAUGAGUGGUUUAGAUUAGGUGUUGAAUUAAACGACUUGGAGAGCUAUUUUGGAUUCUUUGACUGCAAUGUUAAAUUGAAGGAAUGGUCUUCGGCAAAGAAAUGUCUAAAUGCAUUAAAUCAAUUAUCAAAAACAUCUGACACCACGAAACAAUUAGUAGAAAAGUUCAUCUCACAACGUAAAGAUAUAGUUUCCACUCUGGACACUAAGCUAGCGACUAAAAAUUCAAUUUCCUCAGGCCACUCCAAAAGCCAAACUCCGGCCAAGGACAACACAUCUGAUCGUUGGAGUGUUUAA